AUGGCUAUGUACUAUUAUGCUAGUAAAAUAUCGGCAAUCGCUUGUGGAACACGUUGCAGACAAACAGUUUUACAGAAAUCGCGCGGACAACGUGAUCGCGAUAAAUACGUCUCGGCGGACGAUGACAGCAAUGCUCGUGGCUGUGGUGACGGUGCUAAUGGUGCGGAUGAAGAAGACGAUGCUGCUGGUGGUGGUGGUGGUGUUGGGGGUUUUGGUGGCCGUAGUGGUAUCGGCAUCGAGGGCGGCACGGAUAUGGCCAUAUAUACGACAGCCGCCGAAAGUGCGUUGGCCGAGGCUAUGGCGUCGGCGGCGACGACUGGCGACGGAGUGCGUCAUCGCCGCAGACACAGCGAACAAUUGGAUGCGUACGAUUUGGAGUUGGGGUUUCAGAAGCUCGAGGUGAGUGUGAGAAAUGAAAAAAAACCACGGAAAUGUGACAUUGUACAAUAUGACAUACCGAAAAAUUCAUAUAAGCGUGCAAAUUCGGAUAUCAAUUACGAGAGCUCCGUGCUUGGAUCCGGUGGUAUUAUGUAUAUAAACGGUAGAAUAGUUUCUGGACCUUUAGAAUCUCUGAUAGAGGUUUUAGUGCCGAAAAAUCGCAUAGAUUUCGAUAAGGAAUUUAUUUUCUCAUUUUUAUUAUCGUCACGUUUAUUUUUACGACCCCAUGAGCUGCUUGGCAAACUAUUAUCCUCGGUACCUGAUAGCGAAUCGUUAGAAUCAUUAGUCGCAGUAUUGGCCGAAUGGACACAAAAGUUCCCCUACGACUAUCGCGAUGAGCGUAUGAUGGGCCAUGUUAAACAUAUCGUUGCCAGAUGUUCCAAUACAAAUCUAGAAGGUGUAGUUUCCGAAAUACUGAGUGCCUUGUUGAAACAAUUGACUGAUUUGGAGAGACACGAAGAAGAUCUACGUGCUUGUCAAAGCACAAAUGAGAAGUCCGAACUCAGCAAAUUAGACUGUCUGACCGCGUCACAAUAUGCACAAAUCCUUUGUCGGCUGGAGAAGAAACUGGCGAAGCAGAUUGGACCAGAGGAAUUUCUGCAAUGUAGUAGUAAUGUGCUGCUGGAUAAGCAGAAAAAAUGGGACCAACCGAGCACGUCAGGCGGUCCGCCCGGUGUACAGGAUCCGAAGAAAACGUGCAAUUUGGAAACGUAUCUGGACUGGUCGGCACGUUUGCGCCUAUUCGUGUGCAAUGAAAUAUUACAGUGCAUUGGUAUACGUGAUCGCAGCAAAACUGUCGAGUUGUGGAGUGGCGUCGCUCAAUAUUGUCUACUCGUGGGUAAUUAUAAUAGUGCGACGGCAAUACUCGAAUCACUGGAGUCGCCGCCUAUAGCGAGACUGAAAAUAACGUGGAGCAAAUUGCAAAUGACGUGUCAGCAAUUGGAUUGCAUGCAACGACAUGCUGAGGGACAUGGCGAUUUGUGGCACAAGCAAGCCAGCAUUUUGAAUGAGAUUCAUCAAAAGACUGAUCCGACCGCUGCGGUCUGUAUACCAGCAAAUGCAACUGGGGCAGCAGCAACAGUGCCAAAUCGUAUAAGUACGACAAUGGACACCACACCGGAAAACUUAGCACCCGACUCCUCAGUAAAUGGUGCUAGCCUGGCUGUGGAGUUGCUUGCAACACCUACAGCAGUGAACACCGAAAUUGCCUGUGGAAGCGAAACUGGAGCUGGAGUAGGAGCUGUAGUUGUUAGCACAGCAACUGGUGCGACAGUGACGAAACCAAAUGAUUGGGUUGUGAUUCCGGUAUUUGCGGAUAUUGUUAAAUUGGCACUGGCCGGACGCGAGGAAUGCCUGCAGCGUUUGCCGAACGGUCACAUCAAUAUUAUGGCCUUCGAUCGAAUGGCGGCCAUUGUUGGCGCCUUCACCAAGCACAUGCAUGCCGUUAAGGCGCCGAAUGAAGCACCACCUGGCGAAUACAAGAUAUUCUGCCAACACAUGCAACGCUCUUCGAAAUUGAGCGAGACGGGUAAGUCUAUUUAA